UCAACAACAACGUUGUAUCAGAGCUAUGUUUACGUUUGCGUAGCCGUCAAUAUGACCGCGACGUCCCACAAUGCAACGUGGAUCCCGAGCCCUAUUACAAAGCCAAAACUCAAAACUGCAAAAGUGGGUCUGACCCAGCCUGCUUUGAGUUCUAUGAUCAAAUGGAUGAAAUGAUGGGAAAUAGGCCGUUGUCAAAUUUGUCCUCCAACGGCGUGGAUGUUGGCUUGGAGAAUGAAGAGGACUACAACUCGGACAUUCCUCAAGAAGAUGGCAGCAUCACGGAUAAUGAGUCCAGCACUGAAAUCUCAGACAGCAGCUCGACUCACCGGAUCCCAACACAGACAGAGGAAGGUCCUCCUCAUACCUCUAAGGAAGUACAGCCAUCCAGAAAAAGACCACGAGAAAGAUCAUCUGGCUAUGCAAAAGCUAUGCACACUUGGGCAACUGAACAACAGGUCUUCUUGGAGAAGAUGCAGGAAUCGCAAAACAAGUGGCUUGAAGACCAACAGGAAAAACGUCAACAAAGGGAAGAAAGGUUUUUGACAAGGUUCAUAGAAGAGAGUACCCUCUCACAUCAGCGCCUCAUCGGCCAGCUUUUUGAUGGCCUAAAGUCUAUCUUCCCAACCCCCCCACCUCCACAAGGAAUGGCUCCAGGACCCUCCUACCCACCUCAGCAUCACUACCCUCCUCAGCAUCCCUACCCAGGCUACAGCGGGUCAGCUCAGAUUCCCCACAACACCCCAAACUAUAGCGAAAACUACAGCUCUGAAUACUGCCUGCAUGAUCUAGAUUAGGUGUCACUUACCUAAUGCAUUUUGUUUAUUUUUAUUUCAGAGUUCCAAAAGUUUACUGCUGGGUUUACAUACUCAAAGGAGUUUUGUUUAGUAAAAAAAAUAACAGUUUCCAGUUAGUUUUCUCAAGGGAAAAAAGAAACCCAGUUAACAUAUUUUUUAUGGCAGAACUGUCAGAAACUAGACUGAAGGUGAAAGCAAAACAGUCAUUUUUGUUACAGGUUAAUGAACAGUUUGUUUAAUAAAGAAUUUAUAGCACUGCCACAACACUCUGCAGCACCAGGAUAUAUCACAAUCUACCUCUACAGCUGUGUUAAAGGCAGUUUAUUCAUUUUUUUUCCUUUUAUAAACGUAUUCAGAAGUUUGUAUUUACAUGUUUAUUGAAAAAUGGUGAAGCUCUAUGGGCACAUGUUCUGUUUUGCACUGACUGCACAAAUGUUAAACUUGCACUUUUUUAUGUGCCAUGGCAAGUCUUGCCAUUUUCUUUU